AUGGGUAUCACUGACUUCUUCUCCGACGUCUGGGAGACCUUCUCCUACCCGUCGCCCGACGCUGAAGCGCCGCCCCAGGGCGGUUCCUCGACCGAGUCGCCAGCCUCCGGCACCGACGAGGAGUCUGACGCCGAGAAGGAGGCCAACAAGGAAGACGCCAAGGAGGAGGGUGAGGGCGAGCAGGGACACAUGCCCAGCGGCGGCGACGACGAAGAAGAGGAGGAGGAGGAGGAGCCCCAGGACCCCAAGGACAUUCUUGAGAAGGAGUGCGCAGAGUCAAAGGCAUGCCACGGACCGAAGCACCACUACGAUGAGUGCGUCGAGCGCGUCACAGGCCAGAUCGAGAAUGACGGCAAGGCAAGCGAGGACUGCGUUGAAGAAUUCUUCCACCUCGCCCACUGCGCAACCCAGUGCGCCGCACCCAAGCUCUUUGCUCAGCUCAAGUAAACAUGUGCACGUAUGCCAAGCCUCCUCAUCCACGAUCGAUGCCGACCGACCGAGUGGUUACAGUGGGUGGGAAGCACGGAUGAAUCAUCGAGAGCCUUAUCCGACCGCAAUGAGACAACUGUAUAUACCACCAAGACUUGUUUAGAAUAUCACUGUACUAUUUCCUCCAAGUCACAACCCGGCAAUCCAUCAUCAAUGCGAACCUGAAGCCGACACGAGUAACGUGAUGAAAGGAGAUCCAUGGAUAAUCAGAUUGGUCGUG